GGGAGGAGGCAGGUGGAGCUGUGGAGGAGGAGGGACAAGCGGUUACACCAACACCUUGGAGUUGGGCUGGGUCUACGCGGGGCCCCAGAGAUGUUCCCCAGCCCAUUCUUCCCAAGAACCGAUGAGUAAAAUUAGGGGCCUCUCUCCUGAGGUCAGGGAACCAUGCUCUGGAGUGGAACUUGGGGUGGAAAAUGGCCUUCUUUGUCAACUGAUUCGUUCUCCAGAAUUCAACUUGUUCUCCAACUCAAUGGUGUUUGAAAGCAACUUUAUCCAGGUCACUAAGCCUGGAAAAUGGAUGAAUGCUUCCGAAGACUCUGCCACAGUGAUCCUCGGGGUGACCUCCUCAGUACCUUCCUUGCCACUCCCCAAUGUCCUCCUGAUGGCCAACGUCACCUGGCCCCAGGGUGAAUGCUCCACCUGGAACACACCUGGAGUUGGCCCAGUUAUCACGCUCAGCAGGAUUCUGCCCCUGAGGUAUGUGGAGCUACAAAUCUGCGACCGACUCCAACGCAUCCUGCGGGUCAGGACAGUGACUGAAAAGAUCUAUUACCUGAGGCUCCAUGAAAAACAUCCAGAGGCCGUGUUUCAGUUCUGGAUCCGCUUGGUGAAAAUUCUCCGGAAAGGUCUGUCCAUCACCACCAAAGACCCAAGAAUCCGCUUCACUCACUGCCUGGUGCCCAAGCUGACCGGACUCUCCACCGAAACAACACCCGAGAGCAGCCUUCCUGGGUCCACCCAACCCAGCGAGACCCUCCUGCUGCUGGCAGCUGAGCAGACCAGCGGCAGUUUCUCAAAACUCUCUGGAAGGACUCAGUUCACAGCAGACAGAAGCACCAAGACUGCCAUCAAAAUAGACAGUUCCAGCAGCUGCAACAAGACACCCUCACCAGUGGCGUCGCCAGUCAGUGUCAACAUACCCAUGAGAGCUACCUUGAGCCACAGCCUCUGGGAACAAGAUGACCCCCACGACCACCUCUUGCAGGCCCCUGUAGCCAGUUCUCUAGGGGAGAACUUUCUGGGACCCUAACAUCAGUCAGAGCAAGUGAUCGUCCCUGUCUUCUGUGCAUCGCGAUGUCUCCUUCAAAGCUGGUUCCGUGGUGGCCAACUGGCCACAGGGAGCUAAGAUGAUGCUUAUAGCAAGAUGCCUCUGUACUUCCACCAAUAAACCUCCA